GUAUCCACCUGUGUCCACCUGUGUCCACCUGUGUUCACCUGUGCUCCCACCUCACCUGGCCUUUCUACCUAAUUGACCUCAAAUGAUAUAAAUACUAACUUAAUCCUAAUACUUAUUUAUACACACUUAAACUUAACCUAACUUGACUCAAAGUAACUUAACCGAAUCUUAAAUUUAAUCUUAUCUAACUUCAUGAAACCUAUUUUAACCUAACUUAACUUAAUCACACCCUAACUUAACUUCAAAUAACCUAAUCCAACCCUAAGUUAACCUGACAUAUCCACAUUUAACCUAACAUAACAUAACUUAAUCUAAUACUAACCUAACCUAACCUAACCUAACCUAACCUAACCCAACCCAACCUAACCUAACCUAACCUAACCUAACCCAACCUAACCUAACCUAACCUAACCUAACCUAACUGCAGUGGAUCAGGGAAUGGUGGUGAAAGUCCAGAGGGAGUAUGGUGGAGGUGGAGGGGCCGGGUGGAGGUGACAAGGCAGGAGGAGGAGGAGGAGGAGGAAGAGGUGGAGGAGGAGGAGGAGGAGGAGGACACAGCAUGGUUUCCUCUCAGUUUAUGUUAAUGAAUCACUUUUUCCUCGCUCUUGUUCAUAAUUCGCCUGAACCAGGGACACUGCACGACUAUAACAGUGUGGCGGUGGACGUGGGAUGCGCGGCGGGGUGUACGCUGUGCUCUCCAAUGAACGGGUGUCUAUCCUGCGAGGCGCCUUAUUUUUUAAUGCUGCACAGGGACGGGGCGCGCCAGACUGCCUCCUGCGCCAAGACGUGUCCCAGGGGCUUCUUCAAGGUCAGGAAGAAGAGGAACGGCUUCUGCACUAAGUGCACGAUGCUGGGCUGUGAGGAGUGCCUGGGCCCUCACUACUGCUCCACCUGCCAACAACACUACUUCAACUACUUCGGUAAAUGCAUCAGAGAAACGGCAGGUAACAGCAGCACAGACCCCCAUAUGAGCACCACACUGACGAAGACGAUGACGAAGGAAGAAGAAGAAGAGGAAGGAGAAGGAGGAGAAGGAAGACGAAGAAGAUGAAGCAAACAAAAGAGAAGAAGAGAUGAAGAUACAACCAUCAUCACCACUUCAAAACACCACCACAACUACUACUACUGCUACUACUACUGCUACACCAUCUAAGGGCAUCGCAGUAGCCUCUCCUUCGCCCCCUCCGUCAGACAGGGCGCGGCGACCCCCACACUCAGGGAGGGACGUGCCAGACCCUGCAGAACAAGACGAAGAAGAAGGAAGGAGAAACAAGGAAACAGAGACACAGUAGAAGAGAAGAAAGGGAAAAAGAAGACAGGGAGAAGAGGAAACAGAAGAGAAUGCACUAGAAGAGAGAGAAGGAGAAA